AUGGAGGAAGAAGAAUAUGAGGAAGUUGUGGAGUAUUACAUUGAAGAGACAACUAUUGAAGAGGGUGAGCCAUAUGAGGUUGUCACUGAGAUCACUGAGACCGUUAGUACAGACUUCACAGGUCCUGAAACUACUGCCUAUACUGUUGAACAUGAAAAAUCUGAUGAAUAUGAAAAAUCUGUUGAAUAUGAAAAACCUGUUGGAUAUGGAAAACCUGUUGAAGAUGCAGCACCUCCAGUCAGAAAGAAGACAAUACGGACAAAAGUGGACCCAUCUAAGUUUUUGACACCUUACCUGCAACACAGCAAUAAAAUGAAGGACCUGUUCAGUGAAAACAAGUAUAAAGAAAAAUUUAGAAAAGAAAGAGGAAAGCCAUAUGCUUCCACAAUUGAUACCCCUGAAAUUCGGAGAAUAAAGAAAGUGCAAGACCAGCUCAGUGAGGUUAAAUACCGCAUGGCUGGUGAAGUUGCUAAAACUAUUUGCCAUGUUGAUGAAAAGGCCAUGGAUAUAGAACAUGCAAAGAAGGUGUCACAGCAAGUGAGCAAGGUGUUAUACAAACAGAACUGGGAGGAGAAUAAGGACAAGUACCUGCUUCCCCCUGAUGCUCCAGAGCUUGUGAAUGCAAUAAAAAACACAGCAAUGUUCAGCAAGAAACUCUAUACUGAAGAGUGGGAAGGAGACAAAACAUUAUUCUACCCAUACAAUGACAGUCCAGAGCUCAGGAGGGUGGCUGAGGCUCAGAAGACUCUGAGUGAUAUUGUCUACAAAAAAGGGCACGAUGAACGAAAAUCCAAAUAUACUCCUCUGCCAGAUCCACCUGAUGUGGAACAAGCCAGGAAAGUGACAAGGCAGCUGAGUGAUAUUAUUUACCAUGAGGACUAUAAAAACAAGAUCAAAGGCAAAUGGAGUCAAACUCCAUGUUAUGACGUCGCAAUUGCAAAAAUGAAUGCAGAUAAUCUAAGCAUGAGAAAAUACCAAGAAGACUUUGAAAACAUGAAAGACCAAAUCUACUUUAUGCAGACUGAAACUCCAGAAUAUGAAGCUAACAAGCGAGUUUCAAACAACAUCAGUAAGGUAAAAUACAGAGCAGACUAUGAAAAGAAGAAAGCUAUUGCAGAUUAUAACGUGCUUCCUGCUACAGAGAACCCAUUGCUGAAGCAAUUAAAAGCUGCAGGAAAUAUACUGAGUGAUAAAUUAUACAAAGAAGCCUAUGAACAAUCAAAAGGAACCAGCAUUAAUUACUGUGACACACCAAAGUUCCAGACUGACAGUGUUCUGAAGAAUUUUAGUGAUGUAAAAUACAAAGAUGCAUAUCAAAAGAAUAUUUUAGGACACUAUGUGGGCAGCUUUGAGGACCCACAUCAGAUACAUUGUAUGAAAGUUGAAGCUAUGAAGAGCGAUAAAAAUUACAAAGCAGAGUAUGAAGAGGAAAAGACAAAAUGCUACUUUCCUCAGACCAUAACUCAGGAGUAUGAAGCGAUUAAGAAGUUAGAGCAGUGUAAAGAUCACACCUACAAAAAGCAUCCUGAUCAAAUCAAAUUUACUCAAGUGACUGACUCUCUAGUACAGAAGCAAGCAGAGAUCAAUAGCAAACAGCUGAGUGAUAUAAUGUAUAAAUCCAAAGGUGAAGAAAUUAUUCAUAAGUACCACCUCCCUCCAGAUGUGCCCCAGUUUAUCCAGGCUAAAGUUAAUGCCUACAAUAUUAGUGAUGCUAACUACAAAGCAGAAUGGAAAAAGACCAUAGCCAAAGGAUAUGAUCUGAAACCAGAUGCCAUUCCUAUCAUUGCUGCUAAAGCUUCUCGGAAUAUUGCAAGUGAUUACAAGUACAAGGAAUCGUAUGAGAAAGGUAAAGGCAAACAGGUUGGAUACCGUAGCCUGCAGGAUGAUCCUAAACUUGUUCAUUACAUGAAUGUGGCCAAAAUGCAAUCAGAUCGUGAAUAUAAAAAGGAUUAUGAAGUCAUCAAGACCAAAUAUCAUACUCCAUUGGAUAUGUUCAGCGUGACGGCUGCCAAGAAAGCCCAGGAAGUGAUUACAAAUGCUGGCUAUAAACAGCUAAUUCACAAUUAUACACUCUUGCCUGAUUCUGUGAAUCUGGAGCUAUCAAGAAACGUGAUGCAGCUUCAGAGUGAUAAUGUUUACAAAUCAGACUUUAAUAACUGGUUGAGAGGAGUUGGCUGGGUACCAAUUCAGUCACUGGAUGUAGAAAAGGCCAAAAAAGCUACAGAGAUUCUCAGUGAGAAGAAGUACCGCCAGCACCCAGACAAGCUGAAGUACUCCAUUACAAUGGAUGCCAUGGAGCAAGUGCUAGCUAAGCAAAAUGCCAAGACCAUGAAUAAGAAACUCUACACUGAUAAAUGGAACAAAGAGAAGACCAGCAUUCAUGUUAUGCCAGAUACUCCAGAAAUUCUGCAGUCUAGAGUGAACCAGAUCACAAUGAGUAAUAAACUUUACAAAGCUGAGUGGGAGAAAGACAAGAAGAAAGGUUAUGACUUGCAGCCAGACGCCAUUCCAAUAAAAGCAGCCAAAGCCUCCAGAGACAUUGCAAGUGAUUAUAAAUACAAACUAGCCUAUGAAAAAGCAAAAGGAAAACAUAUUGGAUUCCGUAGCCUUGAAGACGACCCCAAGCUGGUGCACUUCAUGCAGGUCGCUAAGAUGCAAUCUGAUCGUGAAUACAAAAAAGGCUAUGAGAAAGCAAAGACUAAUUUCCAUACUCCAGUUGACAUGGUCAGUGUUGUGGCAGCCAAAAAAGCACAGGAAGUGGCUACAAACGUAAACUACAAAAACUUGAUUCAUACCUACAGUGUUCUGCCUGAUGCUAUGAGUCUUGAAUUAGCCAAAACCAUGAUGCAGAUACAGAGUGAUAAUCAAUACAGAGCAGAAUAUGAUGACAGUAUGAAGGGUGUUGGAUGGGUUCCACUGGGCUCCCUGGAAGCUGAAAAGAAUAAGAAAGCAAUGGAAAUUCUUAGUGAAAAGAAGUAUCGCCAGCAUCCAGACAAGCUGAAGUAUUCUGUUCCUCUAGAUUCUAUGAACAUGGCCUUAGCUUUAAAUAAUGCUAAAAUCAUGGAUGAGCACAAGUACAAACAAGCAUGGGAAGAAGACAAAAAGAAAGUUCACAUCACACCAGAUAUUCCACAGAUUGCUUUGGCAAAAGUUAAUGCAUUUAAUCUAAGUGAUAAAAUGUACAGACUUUCUUUUGAAGAAUCUAGGAAGAAAGGGUAUGACCUUAGAGCUGAUGCUAUCCCUAUCAAAGCUGCCAAAGCUUCUAGGGAUAUUGCUAGUGAUUACAAAUACAAAUUAGGUUAUGAGCAAGACAAGGGAAAACUUGUAGGCUUCCGCAGCCUUCAGGAUGAUCCCAAACUUGUCCAUUAUAUGCAAGUGGCUAAGAUGCAGUCUGAUCGCGAGUACAAGAAAGGUUAUGAGGAGAGCAAGACACAUUACCAUACACCUUCUGAUACAGUCAGCAUUGUAGCAGCUAAGGAGGCACAAGAUCGCAUAACCAAUACUAACUACAAACGAAUUAUUCACAAAUAUAUGCUGCUGCCAGACGCAAUGAGUUUAGAACUGUACAGAAACAUGAAUCAGAUACAAAGUGAUAAUGAGUACAAGCAGGAAUAUAAUGAGUUUUUCAAGGGUAUUGGUUGGAGUCCUGCUGGCUCUCUAGACGUGGAGAAAUCUAAGAAAGCCAUGGAAAUUGCAAGUGAUCAGAAAUACCGUCAGCAUCCCAGCAUGUUCCGCUUUACGAAACAGAACGAUUCCAUGGACAUGGUCCUUGCAAAGCAGAAUGCAAAUAUAAUGAACAAACAUGCUUAUACUCAAGCUUGGGAGAAGGAUAAAACUCAGGUUCAUGUGAUGCCGGAUACACCAGAUAUUCUACAGGCAAAACAGAACAAGACGAACUACAGUCAGAAACUCUACAAGCUUGGCUGGGAGCAGAUGAUAAAGAAAGGCUAUGACCUCACACCUGAAGCCAUUUCAGUGAAAACUGCCAAAGCUUCAAGGGACAUAGCAAGUGAUUACAAGUACAAAGAAGGUUACCGCAAGCAGCAGGGACAUCACAUUGGAUUCCGCAGCUUACAGGAUGAUCCUAAGAUGCUGUGGUCUAUGCAAGUUGCUAAGAUGCAGAGUGAGAGAGAGUACAAGAAAGAUUUUGAAAAGUGGAAGACAAAGUUUAAUAUGCCGGUGGAUAUGCUGGGCUUUCUUCUGGCUAAGAAAUGUCAGGAACUGGUUAGUGAUGUAGACUACAAAAGGGUGCUCCACCGUUGGACUUGUCUGCCAGACCAGAUUGACGUCGAACAGGCAAAGAGAGUCUAUGAACUACAGAGUGAUAACGUGUACAAGUCUGACCUUUCAUGGCUGAGGGGCAUUGGCUGGUCCCCGAUUGGUUCGCUGGACGAUGAGAAGAAUAAGAGGGCGAGCCUCAUCCUGAGUGACAAGAAGUAUCGGCAGCACCCAGACACCAUCAAAUUCACGAGCCUUCCCGACUCAAUGCCCAUGGUUCUGGCAAAGCACAACUCUGAAAUCAUGAACCAGCGUGCGUACACGUCAGCCUGGGAGAAAGAUAAAACCAGCAUUCACAUUAUGCCGGAUACACCUGGUAUUUUGCUGGCCCAGCAGAACAAAGUGAACUACAGUGAGAAAAUGUACCGGCUUGCAAUGGAGGAAGAUAAGAAAAAGGGCUAUGACAUGCGAGCAGAUGCCAUUCCUAUCACGUCUGCUAAAGCUUCCAGAGACAUUGCAAGUGAUUACAAGUACAAGGAAGGCUAUCGCAAGCAGCUUGGCCAUCACAUUGGAGCCCGUAACAUAGAGGAUGAUCCAAAGAUGAUGUGGUCGAUGCAUGUAGCCAAGAUCCAGAGUGACAGGGAGUACAAGAAAGCCUUUGAGAAGUCAAAGACAAACUUCAGUACUCCGGUGGAUAUGCUGGGAAUCGUGUUGGCCAAGAAAUGCCAGGAGCUGGUCAGUGAUGUUGAUUACAAGCACCCCCUGCAUCGGUGGACGUGUCUGCCGGACCAGAAUGACGUUGUACAAGCCAGGAAAGUGUACGACCUCCAGAGUGAUAACGUGUACAAGUCUGACCUUACAUGGCUGAGGGGCAUUGGCUGGUCCCCGAUUGGUUCGCUGGACGAUGAGAAGAAUAAGAGGGCGAGCCUCAUCCUGAGUGACAAGAAGUAUCGGCAGCACCCAGACACCAUCAAAUUCACGAGCCUUCCCGACUCAAUGCCCAUGGUUCUGGCAAAGCACAACUCUGAAAUCAUGAACCAGCGUGCGUACACGUCAGCCUGGGAGAAAGAUAAAACCAGCAUUCACAUUAUGCCAGAUACACCUGGUAUUUUGCUGGCCCAGCAGAACAAAGUGAACUACAGUGAGAAAAUGUACCGGCUUGCAAUGGAGGAAGAUAAGAAAAAGGGCUAUGACAUGCGAGCAGAUGCCAUUCCUAUCACGUCUGCUAAAGCUUCCAGAGACAUUGCAAGUGAUUACAAGUACAAGGAAGGCUAUCGCAAGCAGCUUGGCCAUCACAUUGGAGCCCGUAACAUAGAGGAUGAUCCAAAGAUGAUGUGGUCGAUGCAUGUAGCCAAGAUCCAGAGUGACAGGGAGUACAAGAAAGCCUUUGAGAAGACAAAAACAAACUUCAGUAGCCCAGUGGAUAUGCUGGGAAUCGUGUUGGCCAAGAAAUGCCAGGAGCUGGUCAGUGAUGUUGAUUACAAGCACCCCCUGCAUCGGUGGACGUGUCUGCCGGACCAGAAUGACGUUGUACAAGCCAGGAAAGUGUACGACCUCCAGAGUGAUAACGUGUACAAGUCUGACCUUACAUGGCUGAGGGGCAUUGGCUGGUCCCCGAUUGGUUCGCUGGACGAUGAGAAGAAUAAGAGGGCGAGCCUCAUCCUGAGUGACAAGAAGUAUCGGCAGCACCCAGACACCAUCAAAUUCACGAGCCUUCCCGACUCAAUGCCCAUGGUUCUGGCAAAGCACAACUCUGAAAUCAUGAACCAGCGUGCGUACACGUCAGCCUGGGAGAAAGAUAAAACCAGCAUUCACAUUAUGCCGGAUACACCUGGUAUUUUGCUGGCCCAGCAGAACAAAGUGAACUACAGUGAGAAAAUGUACCGGCUUGCAAUGGAGGAAGAUAAGAAAAAGGGCUAUGACAUGCGAGCAGAUGCCAUUCCUAUCACGUCUGCUAAAGCUUCCAGAGACAUUGCAAGUGAUUACAAGUACAAGGAAGGCUAUCGCAAGCAGCUUGGCCAUCACAUUGGAGCCCGUAACAUAGAGGAUGAUCCAAAGAUGAUGUGGUCGAUGCAUGUAGCCAAGAUCCAGAGUGACAGGGAGUACAAGAAAGCCUUUGAGAAGUCAAAGACAAACUUCAGUACUCCGGUGGAUAUGCUGGGAAUCGUGUUGGCCAAGAAAUGCCAGGAGCUGGUCAGUGAUGUUGAUUACAAGCACCCCCUGCAUCGGUGGACGUGUCUGCCGGACCAGAAUGACGUUGUACAAGCCAGGAAAGUGUACGACCUCCAGAGUGAUAACGUGUACAAGUCUGACCUUACAUGGCUGAGGGGCAUUGGCUGGUCCCCGAUUGGUUCGCUGGACGAUGAGAAGAAUAAGAGGGCGAGCCUCAUCCUGAGUGACAAGAAGUAUCGGCAGCACCCAGACACCAUCAAAUUCACGAGCCUUCCCGACUCAAUGCCCAUGGUUCUGGCAAAGCACAACUCUGAAAUCAUGAACCAGCGUGCGUACACGUCAGCCUGGGAGAAAGAUAAAACCAGCAUUCACAUUAUGCCGGAUACACCUGGUAUUUUGCUGGCCCAGCAGAACAAAGUGAACUACAGUGAGAAAAUGUACCGGCUUGCAAUGGAGGAAGAUAAGAAAAAGGGCUAUGACAUGCGAGCAGAUGCCAUUCCUAUCACGUCUGCUAAAGCUUCCAGAGACAUUGCAAGUGAUUACAAGUACAAAGAAGGCUAUCGCAAGCAGCUUGGCCAUCACAUUGGAGCCCGUAACAUAGAGGAUGAUCCAAAGAUGAUGUGGUCGAUGCACGUAGCCAAGAUCCAGAGUGACAGGGAGUACAAGAAAGCCUUUGAGAAGUCAAAGACAAACUUCAGUACUCCGGUGGAUAUGCUGGGAAUCGUGUUGGCCAAGAAAUGCCAGGAGCUGGUCAGUGAUGUUGAUUACAAGCACCCCCUGCAUCGGUGGACGUGUCUGCCGGACCAGAAUGACGUUGUACAAGCCAGGAAAGUGUACGACCUCCAGAGUGAUAACGUGUACAAGUCUGACCUUACAUGGCUGAGGGGCAUUGGCUGGUCCCCGAUUGGUUCGCUGGACGAUGAGAAGAAUAAGAGGGCGAGCCUCAUCCUGAGUGAUAAGAAGUAUCGGCAGCACCCAGACACCAUCAAAUUCACGAGCCUUCCCGACUCAAUGCCCAUGGUUCUGGCAAAGCACAACUCUGAAAUCAUGAACCAGCGUGCGUACACGUCAGCCUGGGAGAAAGAUAAAACCAGCAUUCACAUUAUGCCGGAUACACCUGGUAUUUUGCUGGCCCAGCAGAACAAAGUGAACUACAGUGAGAAAAUGUACCGGCUUGCAAUGGAGGAAGAUAAGAAAAAGGGCUAUGACAUGCGAGCAGAUGCCAUUCCUAUCACGUCUGCUAAAGCUUCCAGAGACAUUGCAAGUGAUUACAAAUACAAGGAAGGCUAUCGCAAGCAGCUUGGCCAUCAUAUUGGAGCCCGUAACAUAGAGGAUGAUCCGAAGAUGAUGUGGUCGAUACAUGUAGCCAAGAUCCAGAGUGACAGGGAGUACAAGAAAGCCUUUGAGAAGUCAAAGACACACUUCAGUAGCCCAGUGGACAUGCUGGGAAUUGUGUUAGCCAAGAAGUGUCAGGGGCUGGUCAGUGACGUUGAUUACCGCCACUAUCUGCAUCAGUGGACUUGUCUUCCUGAUCAGAAUGAUGUUAUCCACGCUAGGGAAGCCUAUGAUCUACAGAGUGAUAACUGCUACAAGUCUGACCUUCAGUGGUUACGAGGCAUUGGUUGGGUCCCAAUUGGUUCCCUGGAAGUUGAAAAAGCCAAAAAGGCAGGAGAGAUCCUGAGUGAUAAAGUAUACCGUCAGCCUCCAGACACAAUUAAGUUUACUAGCAUCCCUGAUUCUGUACCAAUGGUCUUAGCCAAGCAAAAUGCGGAGACAAUGAACAAGCGUUUAUAUACUGAGGCCUGGGAUAAAGACAAGACACAAAUCCACGUAAUGCCUGACACACCUGAAAUCACACUAGCAAAACAGAACAUGCAAAACUACAGUGUGAAACUCUACAAGCAGGCCAUGGAAGAAGACAAAAAGAAAGGUUACGAUUUGAGAAGUGAUGCUAUCCCCAUCCAAGCUGCCAAAGCAUCCAGGCAAAUUGCCAGUGAUUACAAGUACAAGGAAGGCUAUCGCAAGCAGCUUGGCCACCAUAUUGGAGCCCGUAACAUAGAGGAUGAUCCGAAGAUGAUGUGGUCGAUACAUGUAGCCAAGAUCCAGAGUGACAGGGAGUACAAGAAAGCCUUUGAGAAGACAAAGACACACUUCAGUAGCCCAGUGGACAUGCUGGGAAUUGUGUUAGCCAAGAAAUGUCAGGGGCUGGUCAGUGACAUUGAUUACCGCCACUAUCUGCAUCAGUGGAUCUGUCUGCCAGACCAAAAUGAUGUUAUCCAUGCUAGGCAAGCCUAUGAUCUGCAGAGUGAUAACUGCUACAAGUCUGACCUUCAGUGGUUACGAGGCAUUGGUUGGGUCCCAAUUGGUUCCCCAGAAGUUGAAAAAGCCAAAAAGGCAGCAGAGAUCCUGAGUGAUAAAGUAUACCGUCAGCCGCCAGACACAAUUAAGUUUACUAGCAUCCCUGAUUCUGUACCAAUGGUCUUAGCCAAGCAGAAUGCAGAGACAAUGAAUAAGCAUUUGUACACUGAAGCAUGGAAUAAAGAUAAGACUAUGAUUCACGUCAUGCCUGACACACCAGAAAUCCUGCUAGCUAAACAAAACCAGAUAAACUACAGUCAGAAAAUGUACAGACUGGCUUUAGAGGAGUCAAAGAAGAAGGGUCAUGAUUUGCGUUUUGAUGCCAUUCCUAUUCAGUCAGCCAAAGCAUCCAGAGAGAUUGCCAGUGAUUACAAAUACAAAGAAGGCUAUCGCAAGCAGCUUGGCCACCAUAUUGGAGCCCGUAACAUAGAGGAUGAUCCAAAGAUGAUGUGGUCAAUGCACGUAGCCAAGAUCCAGAGUGACAGGGAAUACAAGAAAGCCUUUGAGAAGUCAAAGACACACUUCAGUAGCCCAGUGGACAUGCUGGGAAUUGUGUUAGCCAAGAAAUGUCAGGGGCUGGUCAGUGACAUUGAUUACCGCCAGUAUCUGCAUCAAUGGAUAUGUCUACCAGAUCAGAAUGAUGUUAUCCAUGCUAGGCAAGCCUAUGAUCUACAGAGUGAUGCUGUUUACAAAUCAGACCUGGAAUGGCUAAGAGGUAUUGGGUGGGUUCCUAUUGGUUCCAUGGAAGUUGAAAAGGCCAAGAAGGCUGGAGAAAUCCUGAGUGAAAGGAAGUAUCGUCAACCAGCAGAUCAAAUUAAAUUUACUAGUGUGACAGAUUCUUUGGCCAUGGUCUUAGCCAAGCAAAAUGCUGAGAUAAUGAACAAGCGGUUAUACACAGAAGCUUGGGAUGCAGACAAAACUUCAAUUCAUGUGAUGCCUGACACGCCAUCAAUUUUGUUAGCGAAGGCCAAUGCAGCUAACGUUAGCCAUAAACAUUACCAGAAGGCCUGGGAUGAGGCCAAGGCAAAAAGCUAUGACCUCAGAGCUGAUGCCAUUUCCAUCAAACAUGCCAAGGCUUCCAGAGACAUUGCUAGUGAGUACAAGUACAAAGAAACACAUGAGAAGCAGAAAGGCCACUACAUUGGGUGCAAAACUGCCCAGGAGGAUCCCAAACUGUCGUGGGCUGCACGUGCUAUGCAGCUGCAGAAUGACCGAAUUUACAGGAAGGCGUACCAUGAUUCAAAGUCCCAGGUCCACAUACCAGUCAAUGCAAUGUCAGUGCAGGCAGCCAAGGAUUGCCAGGCACUAGUCAGUGAUAUUGACUAUCGUCAGUACCUUCACCAGUGGACGUGUCUGCCUGACCAGAAUGAUGUGAUCCAUGCCAGGAAGGCUUACGAUCUACAGAGUGAUGCUGUCUAUAAGUCAGACCUGGAGUGGCUCCGUGGAAUUGGCUGGUUGCCUAAUGACUCUCCAGUUGUUAAGAGAGUGAAGCAUGCCCAGGAUCUUCUGAGUGAUAAUGUCUAUCGUACACCUAUUGAAAGCCUGAAGUAUACCAGUGUUGUUGAUUCUCCAGAUGUUCUUCUCGCUAAAGCAAAUGCUGAACAAGUCAGCAUUCCAAAAUACAAAGAAGCCUGGGAAAAGGACAAGACUAUGAUCCAUAUUAUGGCAGACACACCUGAAAUCAACCUAGCCAAGACUAAUGCUGUUAAUUAUAGCAAGAAACUGUAUAAAGAAGCUUGGGAUGAGGUGAAGACGAGUUAUGAUUUGAGAGCAGAUGCAAUCCCAAUCAAGGCAGCUAAAGCUUCUAGAGAAAUUGCUAGUGAUUACAAAUACAAACUGGAGCAUGAGAAGCAGAAAGGACAUUAUGUUGGAGUUCCAAAUGCAGAAGCAGAUUCGAAAAUGCAGUUUGCCCUUGGCAUAGGCAAAGUUCAGAGUGAACUGGAAUACAAGAGGCACUUUGCCAAAUGGAAGACACAGUGCCACCUACCAGUAGACAUGCUAUCUAUUAUAGCAGCUAAACAGGGUCAGUCUUUGGUCAGUGAUGUUGAUUACCGUCAAUACUUGCAUCAGUGGAUCUGUCUUCCAGAUCAAAAUGACGUUGUACAGGCUAGGAAGGCCUAUGAUCUUCAGAGUGAUGCUGUUUACAAAUCUGAUUUAGAAUGGCUACGGGGAAUUGGAUGGUUGCCACAUGAUUCACUUGGAAUCAACCAUGUCAAAUAUGCUGGAGAUCUCUUGAAUGAGAAAAAGUACCGUACGAAACCUGAAACUCUUUCAUUUACUCCAGUGGCGGACCGAGUUGAUUAUGUCACAGCAAAGAAUAGUGGUGAAAUUCGUAGUGAUAUUAAAUACCACAAAGCAUGGAAUGAGGUCAAGUCAAAUUAUACUCUGACAGAUACACCACAACUAGAUAUGGCCCGAGAAGCAGCCAGAAUACUUAAUCAGAAUUUAUACAAGGAAAACUGGGAGAAAGAAAAAGCCACUGGUUACCUCUUACCUCCUGACACUGUGCAAAUUUGUCACGCCAAACACUCAAAUGAUGUCCAAAGUGAGCUUAAAUACAAAGCUGAAUAUGUCAAACAAAGAGGUCACUAUGUUGGAGUUGCCAGCAUGAGAGAUGAUCCAAAACUGGUGUGGUUUGAGCAUGCAGGCGAGAUCCAGAAUGACAGACUGUACAAAUCAGAAUAUCACAAGACAAAAUCCAAAAUUCACCUCCCUCCGGAUAUGGUGUCAGUUGUAGCAGCAAAGGAAUGUCAGACCUUGGUCAGUGAUAUUGACUACCGCCAGUACCUGCAUGAAUGGACAUGCCAUCCUGACCAGAAUGACUGUAUUCAGGCAAGGAAGGCCUAUGAUCUGCAAAGUGAUAAUAUCUAUAAGUCUGAUUUGGAAUGGCUUCGUGGCUGUGGUUGGAUUCCUCUGGAUUCAGUGGAACACAAGAAAGUUAAGAAUGCACAGGAACUGAUAAAUAAGAGAGCAUAUACAAAAGAAGCCCUCGAUAACUUUUCCAAUUAUACCAGUGUGGUUGACACUCCCGACAUUGUUUUGGCGAAGAUGAACUCCGUCAAUCAGAGUGAUAUAAAAUAUAAAGAAACGUUUAACCUUGAGAAAGGCCAGUAUAUUGGGUCCGAUGAUACUCCUGCGCUGAACCAUGCCAGAGACAUGUCCUUGCUAUAUAGUGAUAAACGUUAUAAAAAUGCUUGGGAGAUUAGCAAACCCAUUGGUUAUUCUUUGGAUGAAAAAUAUAUUCCACUUGUUGGAGCAAAGCAUGCAAACUACAUAAAUAGUGAGCUUAAAUAUAAGGAAAUAUAUGAGAAGCUGAAAGGCCAUUACCUGGCUGGGAAGGAGAUUGAUGAUUUCCCCAGUGUCAUUCAUUCACUAGCAUUCCAGAAAAUGAGGAGUGCGUUGGCCUACAGAAAGAAUUAUGAAGACACCAAAACAAAUGUCCAUAUUCCAAGUGACAUGAUGAAUCAUGUGCUAGCCAAGAAGUGCCAAUAUAUCCUUAGUGAUCUCGAAUACAAAACUUACUUCCAUCAGUGGAAUUGUUCACCUGAAGAAAAUGAUGUUAUUCAAGCCAGAAGAGCCCAGGAAAUUUUGAGUGAUGUAGUGUAUAAAGAUGAUUUAAACUGGCUGAAGGGACUUGGAUGUUAUGUCUGGGAUACGCCACAAAUCCUGCAGGCUAAAAAAUCAUAUGACCUCCAGAGCCAAAUAAAAUACACAGCUGCAGGAAAAGAGAAUUUUCAGAACUUUGGAGUUGUUACUGACACACCUCUCUAUGUGACUGCAGUGCAGAGUGCUAUAAAUGCCAGUGAUGUGAAAUACAAAGAAGAUUUCCACAAAACUAAGGACAAGUAUACAACUGUGACUGAAACAGUAGAUUCUGAAAGAGUUAAUAAUUUGAAAAAUCUCUUCAGCAAUAAUCUCUACAAGAAAGCUUGGGAAAAAGUGAAAGCGACUAGCUAUGCAAUGCCCUCUGAUGCUGUAUCCCUAGCACGUGCAAAAGAACUGAAGCAUAAUGCUAGUAUUGUAAAAUACCGGGAAGAAUAUGACAAGUUUAAAGCACUGUACACAUUACCCAGGGGUGUUGAGGAUGAUCCCAAUACAGCAAGGUGCCUUCGAGUUGGAAAGCUUAAUAUUGAUCGUCUGUACAAGGAAGUCUAUGAAAAGACUAAAGCCAAAGUCCACAUUAUUCCAGACAUGGUAGACAUAAUUUCUGCUAAGGAUGCACAGAAGAAAAUCAGUGAAAUCGAUUACCGCACACAUCUCCAUGACUGGAUCUGUCUACCAGAUCUUCAAAUCAAUUCCCAUGUUCGGAAAGUAACAGAUCAAGUCAGUGAUGUAAUAUACAAGGAUGAUCUUAACUGGCUGAAGGGUAUCGGCUGCUUUGUUUGGGAUACUCCUGAAAUUCUCCAUGCCAAACAUGCCUACGACCUUCGCAGUGAUAUUAAGUACAAAUCUAAGGCAGAAAAGAUGAAGAAUGACUACACUGUGGUCACAGACACUCCUGUCUAUGUCCAGAAUGUUCUCAGUGGCUUGAAUUUAAGUGAAGCUGUCUAUCGUAGUGCAUAUCUGCACAAUGUUAAAGGAAAAAUGAUUCCUACUGAUAAAACAGUAGAUUUGGAGCGGGCGUAUCAUGCAAACAAAAUACAGAGUGAAAAUUUGUAUCGCUGGGCUGGUGUGAAUGCUCUCCCCACUGGAUACAGCCUUCCCACGGACACCCCCAGCUUUCAGCAUGCUAAACAUGUCCAAUACAUUGGAAGUGAUUUGAAAUAUAAAGAAGCCUAUGAACACAUGAAAGCUAAAGGCUAUACUCUGGGUCCUAAAGAUGUUGGGUUUGAAAAUGUGAGGAAAGUGAAUCAAGUCAUUAAUGAGAGGUUGUAUCGGGCAACAUACCACAAGUACAAGGAUAAGAUUCAUACCACUCCAGAUACACCACAAAUCCGUCAAGUCAGAGCAACACAGGAAGCUGUCAGUGAUCUGAUCUACAAGUCAGAUUUCUUUAAGAUGCAGGGACACUUGAUUUCCUUGCCAUACACUCCUCAGGUGUUGCACUGCCGCUAUGUUGGGGACAUCACAAGUGAUAAUAAAUACAAAGAAGAUCUGAAGUGGUUGAAGGGCUUGGGCUGCUUCCUGUAUGAUACUCCUGAUAUGGUCCGUGCUCGUCAGCUGCGUAAGCUUUGGUCUAAUUAUAUAUACACUGAUACUGCAAAGAAGAUGUGGCCUAAAUGCAACUUAGUAUUGGAUACUCCUGGAUACAGAGCUGUUCAGGAACUAAAAACCCAUUUGAGUGAACUGGUUUAUAGAGCUGCAGGCAAGGAGCUGAAGACAAAAUACACUUCCAUCCUUGAUACACCUGACUUCUUGAGAGCCAAGCAAGGACAGAAAAUACAGAGCCAGUACCUGUAUGUGGAACUUGCCACAAAAGAGAGACCCCAUCAUCAUGCUGAUGGUCAGACACCAGCCUUUACACAUGCUAGGAAUAUAAAGGACAUGGUCAGUGAGAAAAAGUAUAAAACCCAGUAUGAGAAGAUGAAGGACAAAUACACGCCUGUCGCUGACACACCGGUCUUAAUCAGAGCCAAGAGAGCAUACCUCAAUGCCAGUGAUUUGCGCUACAAAGAAACCUUUGAGAAUACUAAGGGCAAAUACCACACAGUGAAAGAUGCUUUGAAUAUAGUCUAUCAUCGAAAGGUCACCGAUGAUAUUAGCAGUGUGAAAUAUAAGGAAAAUUACAUGAGCCAGUUAGGAAUUUGGAGAUCGAUCCCAGACCGACCAGAGCACUUCCAUCAUCGCAUAGUCACGGAUGCUAUUAGUGAUGUUAAGUACAAGGAAGACUUAUCAUGGCUCAGAGGCAUUGGCUGUUACGCAUGGGAUACUCCAAGUUUUGUUCUGGCAGAGCAGAAUAAGGUGCUCUACAGUGGGUGUAAGUACAAGGAGAUGUUUGAGAAGACUAAGUCUCAUUUUAAGUAUGUAGCUGAUUCUCCAAUUAAUGAGCAUUUUAAAUUUGCAACUCAGUUGAGGGAUAUGAAGUUAUAUAAAGCUGCCUAUGAGAAGCUCAAGGAUAAGUACAGUGUUAUUGUGGAUGAUCCUAAGAACCUCCUGGCCAAGUGGGCAACUACAUUGAGCAGUCAGGUUCAAUACAAAAAGGACUAUGAAAAGAAGAAAGACAAGUACACUAUGGUUGUAGAUACUCCAGAACACUUAAGGACUACAAAAGUCAACAAACAGAUUAGUGAUAUUAUUUACAAGUUGGAAUACAACAAAGCGAAGCCAAGAGGCUAUACUACAAUCCAUGAUACACCUAUGUUACUGCAUGUGCGCAAGGUGAAGGACAGAAUAAGUGAUCUGAAAUACAAAGAAAUGUAUGAGAGGAAUAAAUCUCACUGCAAUGUCGUAGCGGAUUCAGUUCAUAUUAAGACUCCCAGGCAUGCUUACAAGCUAAACAGCAAUCUGGAUUAUAAAAAGAAAUAUGAAGCAGCCAAGGCUCAUUGGCACUGGAUUGCUGACAGGCCUGACUUUGUUCAAGCAGCGAAGUCAUCUCUGCAACAGAGUGAUUAUGAGUACAAACUGGACCGGGAAAUCCUAAAGGGAUGUAAACUCUCCGUCACAGAUGAUAAAAACACAGUAUUGGCCUUAAAUAAUGCCAUCUUGGCGAGUGAUAUAAAGUACAAAGAGAAGCACAACAAAGCUCGAGGGUCAUACCUUGUGGUUCCAGAUACACCUCAGAUCCUCCUGGCUAAGAAUGUCAGCUCUCUUGUAUCUGAGAACAAAUACAAAGAGCACAGCAAGAAGCAGCUUCCACACGGAUCUUACACAACCCUGCCAGAGACACGAGACACUGCUCACGUGAAAGAGGUGACCAAGAAUGUCAGUGAGACAAACUAUAAAAAGAAGUUUGUGAAGGAGAAAGGCAAAUCUAAUUAUUCUGUCAUGCUGGAGCCUCCUGAAGUGAAACAUGCCAUGGAAGUUGCUAAAAAACAGAGUACAAUUGAAUACAAGAAAGAUGCCAAGUCAAAGCUCCACUAUACACCUAUUGCAGAUCGACCAGAUAUUAAGAAAGCAACUCAGGCUGCCAAGUUAAUUAGUGAUAUUGAAUAUAAAAAGCGUGGAGAAGCUGGCAUUGGUGUAAGCAUGCUAGGACGUCCAGAUAUUGAACUGGCAAAGGAGGUGUCCAAGCUAACUAGUCAGGUGAAAUACAAGGAGAAUUUUUCCAAAGAGAUGGGUAAAAAGCCAAAGUAUGAUUUAAAGGAGGCUAAAAUCUACAAGACCAUGAAAGAUGCUCACAACUUGGCUAGUGAGGUGAAAUACAAGGCAGAUUUAAAGAAACUUCAUAAGCCUGUCACUGACAUGUCUGAAUCGCUGAUCAUGAACCAUGUCCGGAGUACAAGCCAGCUCGCCAGUGCUUACCAGUACAAGAAGCAGUAUGAGAAGAGUAAGGGUCACUACCUUGUGGUGCCAGAUAAUCUUGAACAGGUUCAUCUAAGGGAGGCAUCAGAACUACAGAGCCACGUGAAAUACAGAGAAAAAUAUGAGAAGGAAAAAGGAAAACCUAUGUUGGACUUUGAAACACCAACAUACCUUACUGCAAAGGAAUCUCAGCUCAUGCAGAGUGAGAAAGAAUAUAAGAAGGACUUUGAAGAGAACAUUAAGGGCAGAAACCUUACUGGCUUGGAGGUUACACCAUCCUUAUUACACGUCAAAUACGCAACCAAAAUAGCAAGCGAGAAAGAGUACAGGAAAGAUCUGGAGGAAGGUGUCAAAGGCAAAGGACUAACCGCUUUAGAGGAGACUCCAGACAUGCUAAGAGCAAAGAAUGCAACUCAAAUCCUAAAUGAGAAAGAGUACAAAAAAGCCUUGGAAUUAGAAAUCAAAGGAAAAGGUCUGACAGAACUGGCUUUGGAGACACCAGAUUUUGUGAGAGCAAAGAAUGCCACUGACAUUGCCAGCCAGAUCAAAUACAAACAAUUGGCAGAAAUGGAGAAAGCCAACUACACCAGUGUUGUCGAUACUCCGGAGAUUAUUCAUGCCCAGCAGGUCAAGAACCUUUCAAGCCAGAAAAAGUAUAAAGAAGAUGCAGAAAAGAGCAUGCCUUACUAUGUGCCUGUAGCAGACACACCAGAAAUACAGAGAGUCCGUGAGAAUCAGAAGAACUUUAGCACACUUCAGUAUCAGUGGGACCUACAGAACAGUAAAGGAAAAGUUACAGUUGUACAAGACACACCAGAAAUGCUGCGUGUGAAAGAAAACCAGAAGAAUUUCAGCUCGAUUUUAUAUAAAGAAGAUAUUGGAACUGGAACUACUAUUGAAAAGACACCAGAGAUGCAGAGAGUUAAACGAACCCAGGAUGCAAUCAGCUCGGUUAAAUAUAAGGAGAGUAUUGGGAAAGGAACUCCAAUUCCUGAUCUUCCAGAAGUGAAGCGUGUCAAGGAGACACAGAAGCACAUCAGUUCGGUGUUAUACAAAGAGGGCUUAGGGACUGGCAUCCCAACAUCGGUUACUCCAGAGAUGGAGAGAGUCAAACGUAAUCAAGAGAACAUUAGCUCGGUGUUGUACAAAGAGGGACUGGGCAUUGGAACCCCAGUACCUGUCACUCCUGAGAUGGAAAGGGUCAAACGCAACCAAGAAAACUUUAGCUCGGUGUUGUACAAAGAGGAUCUGGGGACAGGAACCCCAAUACCUGUCACUCCUGAGCUUGAGAGAGUCAAACGCAAUCAAGAACACAUUAGCUCGGUGUUGUAUAAAGAGAACAUAGGGAAAGCAACCCCAACACCUGUCACUCCCGAGAUGGAGAGAGUUAAACGCAAUCAAGAAAUCAUUAGCUCGGUGUUGUACAAAGAAAACUUGGGGAGAGCAACCCCCACCCCUCUGACUCCAGAGAUGGAGAGAGUCAAACGCAAUCAAGAACACAUUAGCUCGGUUUUGUACAAGGAACAUCUGGCAAAAGGAACUCCAACACCAAUGACUCCAGAGAUGGAGAGGGCUAAACGUAAUCAAGAAAACAUCAGCUCGGUUCUUUAUUCAGACAGUUUCCGAAAACAAGUACAAGGCAAAGCUGCAUAUGUACUGGAUACACCUGAGAUGCGGCGUGUGCGAGAGACCCAGAAAAACAUCUCUACAGUGAAAUACCAUGAAGAGUUUGAGAAAAGCAAAGGUAGUUUCACACCUGUAGUUACCGACCCCAUUACAGAACGUGUGAAGAAGAACAUGCAGGACUUCAGUGACAUUAGCUACAGGGGCAUCCAACGACGAGUAGUGGAAAUGGAGCGAAAGCGUGUGGACCAGGAUCAAGAGACUCUCACAGGUCUUCGUGUGUGGCGCACUAAUCCCGGGUCAGUCUUUGACUAUGACCCAGCAGAAGACAAUAUUCAGUCCAGAAGCUUACACAUGAUCUCUGUCCAAGCCCAGCGCCGAAGCCGGGAGCACUCCCGCUCUGCCAGUGCCUUAAGCAUCAGUGGAGGUGAUGAGAAGUCUGAACCCUCAGAUGGCGUGGAUCAACAUUUAUCCUACUACAGCAGCGGGGGCCUCUUUGCCACUACAACAGUGGGCUACAAGCACGCUAAAACCAUAGAGUUACCGCAACAACGGUCAUCAUCAGUUGCUACCCAGCAAACAACAGUAUCAUCCGUUCCCUCUCACCCAUCUACUGCUGGGAAGACCUACCGGGCCAUGUAUGACUAUAUGGCAGCUGAUUCUGAUGAGGUUUCCUUCAAAGACGGUGACACAAUUGUAAACGUACAAUCCAUUGAUGAAGGCUGGAUGUAUGGCACUGUCCAGAGAACAGGGAAGACUGGCAUGCUGCCAGCCAACUAUGUAGAAGCUGUCUAA